GUUGAUUUUAAUUAAUCUUCUUUUUUCGGAACCUUGAAACCCUUUACAAAGUCCAAAUUAUAAGUAUACGUACGGUGUCUUUACCGGCCAGUGUUUACAGGUUUUUAGUGAAAACAAUGGAGGAUCUGGUACAGAAAACGUUGGAAGCACAUUGGCGGAUCAAGCAAUAUGUUUACAAAACACCCCUGAUGUUUUCACGCCCACUCAGCAAAUUGGCUAGUGACUGCAAAGUAAAAAUCAAACUCGAAACUGAACAAUUGACGGGGUCAUUCAAAAUACGUGGUGCUUUUAACAAGUUGUUGAAGAUGUCGUCUGAUAGUGACACAGUCAAGGAAAGAGGGAUAAUCACAGCAUCCUCUGGAAACCAUGGAAUGGCCUGUGUUGAGGCGGGGAUGAAACUGGGAAUUCCAAUCACAGUAUACUGUUAUAAGGAUGUUAGCGAACAUAAAAGGACUGCCUUACAAGAUAGAGGAGUGCGUGUCGUGCUGCACGGGAAUGAUUGUGUGGAAGCCGAAAACGAGGCUAGAUCAAGCGCUGAAAGGCAAAAUACAGAAUACGUCUCUCCAUACAACGAUCUUGACAUCAUUGCAGGGCAAGGAACUAUCGGAAUAGAAAUUCUGGAGGACUUUUCUGAUGUGGACAGCGUUUUGGUCCCAGUUGGGGGAGGAGGAUUAAUAGCUGGAAUAGCCAGGUACAUCAAGCAAGUAAAGCCAUCUGUUGAGAUCAUCGGGUGUCAGCCACAGAACUCCAAGGUAAUGUAUGAGAGUGUGAAGGCAGGGAGGAUCGUGUUCGAGGAAUCAUUGGACACUCUUUCUGAAGGCACGGCAGGGGGAGUGGAGGAAAACUCGAUAACAUUCCCAUUGUGUAAUCAAUAUAUUGAUGACUGGAUAAUGGUCACAGAAGAAGAAAUAGGAAAAGCUAUUGUGUACAUGUUACAGCACCAUCAAAAGGUGUUUGAGGGGGCAGCUGGCAUGACUCUGGGUGCCUUUAUGAAGAAUCCUGGAAGAUUUAUGGGGAAGCAUGUGGCUAUAGUCGCCUGUGGUGCAAAUAUUGGAAUAAAUACUCUGAAACAAUUGAUAUCUAUGUAUACAUAGGCAGAAAAAAAUUGCAGUUUACAUGUACAAACAUAUCUACAAAAAUUCUGAAUCAUAUUGGAAGUACACUACUUGAGUACCUGUAAC